GCCUGCGCCCAUUCUAUUAAACCAAGAACGGCCUGGGAUCCAGGGAAGAAGACAGAACGGGAAGAAGAAGAUCAGAGGAACCGAAACAACCUGCGAGAGUGAAAAAGAGACCAAUAGCAAUCGUAAAAGUCACGGUUAUCCACCUUAGUUUUUGUCGGUAAAGGAUAUUGCUAUGACAAUGAACCAGUGCGUGCACGGGAUGAUCUAUCUGGCGGUUCUGGUGGCGUUUGUCGCCUGUGACGCCCCUCCGGUACCGUUAGAUGACAUCGUGAUUGAGAAAACGUUCGUGCCGGAGCAGUGCGGGCGCGCUGUGAAAGUAGGGGACUAUGUCCGUUACCACUAUAACGGCAUGUUCCCCGAUGGAAAGAAGUUUGAUUCCAGCUAUGACCGCGGUAGCACCUACAAUGUUUAUGUGGGUAAGAAGCAGCUGAUUGAAGGGAUGGACAGAGCUCUGGUAGGGAUGUGUGUCAACGAGAGACGCCUGGUCACCAUCCCCCCACAACUGGCCUAUGGGAAGGAAGGAUACGGUGAUGUCAUCCCUUCAGACGCAAUCCUCAAUUUUGACGUUCUGUUGUUGGACGUGUGGAACCCUGACGACGGGGUUCAGAGUGAGACGUACUACACCCCUGAGAACUGCUCUAGGAAGGUAGAGGUGUCAGACUACGUACGAUACCACUACAAUGGAACACUGCUGGACGGAACACUGUUCGACUCCAGCCACACCCGUUUGCGUACCUACGACACCUAUGUGGGGAUUGGCUGGCUGAUCGCUGGCAUGGACCAGGGCCUUCUGGGCAUGUGUGUUGGGGAGAGACGCAUCAUCACCAUGCCCCCUUCGCUAGGAUACGGAUCAAACGGAGAUGGUAGUGAUAUCCCUGGCCAGGCUUCCCUGGUGUUUGAUGUAGUCCUCUUGGACCUCCAUAACCCUAAAGACGGCGUCACUAUAACCAACCAGGACAUACCUCAACCCUGCCUCAGGAAGAGUAUAUCUGGGGACUUUAUCAGAUACCACUAUAACGGAUCACUACUGGACGGGACCUUCUUCGACUCCAGUUACUCUCGUAACCGUACCUAUGACACGUACGUGGGUAAGGGCUCUUUGAUUGGUGGGAUGGACGAGGGCCUGAUCGGAGUCUGCAUUGGAGAGAGAAGACGCAUCACCAUCCCACCUCACCUCGGAUACGGAGAGGAGGGUACAGGUACUAAGAUCCCAGGUUCUGCUGUCUUGGUGUUUGAUAUCCAUAUCAUAGACUUCCACAACCCAUCAGACACAGUGGUGAUCACUACCAACUAUAAACCAGAGGUGUGUGAGACGCUGGCUAAGAAAGGAGACUUUGUUAAAUACCACUACAACGCUUCACUAAUGGAUGGAUCCUUUAUCGACUCCACAUAUAACUAUGGGAAGACAUAUAACAUUGUGCUGGGAGCCAACCAGGUGGUUCCUGGGAUGGAGGAAGGGCUGAAGGAGAUGUGUGUUGGAGAGAGAAGACACCUGGUCAUACCUCCUCACCUGGGCUACGGAGAGAGGGGAGUGGAUGGUGAGGUGCCGGCCAGUGCUGUCCUGGUCUUCGACAUCGAGAUGAUCGAGAUGGAGGCGGGCCUCCCUGACGGGUACAUGUUCAUCUGGAACGAGGAGGUAUCAGCUGACCUCUUCACCGAGAUGGACGCAGACAAGGACCUACAGGUGUUGGCCUCAGAGUUCUCAGACUAUAUCCUGCGUCAGGUGAACGAGGGUAAAGGUCGCCUUGCCCCUGGGUUUAACGCAAAUCUCAUCAUCGAGAACAUGUUCUCCAACCAGGACCGUAAUGGAGACGGAAAGAUCACUGAGGAGGAGUUCAAACUGAAGGCCGACGAGACACCACACGACGAGUUAUAAGACAGACUAGACCCCACACGACCAGCUAUAAGACAGACUAGACCCCACACGACGAGCUAUAAGAGAGACUAGACCCCACACGACGAGCUAUCAGACAGACCCCACACGACGAGCUAUAAGACAGACUAGACCCCACACGACCAGCUAUAAGAGAGACUAGACCCCACAAGACCAGCUAUAAGAGAGACUAGACCCCACACGACGAGCUAUAAGACAGACUAGACCCCACAAGACCAGCUAUAAGAGAGACUAGACCCCACAAGACCAGCUAUAAGAGAGACUAGACCCCACAAGACCAGCUAUAAGAGAGACUAGACCCCACAAGACCAGCUAUAAGAGAGACUAGACCCCACAAGACCAGCUAUAAGAGAGACUAGACCCCACACGACGAGCUAUAAGACAGACUAGACCCCACAAGACGAGCUAUAAGACAGACUAGACCCCACAAGACGAGCUAUAAGACAGACCCCACACGACGAGCUAUAAGAGAGACCCCACACGACGAGCUAUAAGACAGACUAGACCCCACAAGACGAGCUAUAAGACAGACCCCACACGACGAGCUAUAAGACAGACCAGACCCCACAAGACGAGCUAUAAGACAGACCCCACACGACGAGCUAUAAGAGAGACCCCACACGACGAGCUAUAAGACAGACUAGACCCCACAAGACCAGCUAUAAGAGAGACUAGACCCCACAAGACCAGCUAUAAGAGAGACUAGACCCCACAAGACCAGCUAUAAGAGAGACUAGACCCCACAAGACCAGCUAUAAGAGAGACUAGACCCCACAAGACCAGCUAUAAGAGAGACUAGACCCCACACGACGAGCUAUAAGACAGACUAGACCCCACAAGACGAGCUAUAAGACAGACUAGACCCCACAAGACGAGCUAUAAGACAGACCCCACACGACGAGCUAUAAGAGAGACCCCACACGACGAGCUAUAAGACAGACUAGACCCCACAAGACGAGCUAUAAGACAGACCCCACACGACGAGCUAUAAGACAGACCAGACCCCACAAGACGAGCUAUAAGACAGACCGCACACGACGAGCUAUAAGAGAGACCCCACACGACGAGCUAUAAGACAGACUAGACCCCACAAGACCAGCUAUAAGAGAGGGACAGGGUUUAUGAGGGGGCUUAUAUGGUGACCGUAUAAGACAAAGAGGGUGUGUGUGUUUGUGCUUGUGAAUGUGUGAAUGUGUGUGGGUGUGUGUAUCAGACCUGGUUUCAAAUACUAUUUCAAAUAUCUCAAUUACUUUCACAUACACAUACUUUCGAAGUAAGUAUUCAGAUAUAUUUUAUUUGAAAAGACAAGUAGUUGAAUAUUUUAUUGUAUUUGGAAAUAAACUUGGAAAGUAUUUGAAAAUACUCAAAUCCACUUACCCAAAUACACUCCCAUGCAUUUAACUCAAAUACAAUUUGGUAAACUAUUUUGUUUCUUACAAAUAACUAUUAAAAUACUCAAAUAAAAGUACUUGUUUUGGGCUGUUGUAUUAGAAAAUACUCAAAUAUUCAGAAAAAGUAUUUUAAAUACCAGAUGCUCAUGUAUUUGAACACAGGUCUGUGUGUGUGUGUGUGUGUGUGUGUGUGUGUGUGUGUGUGUGUGUGUGUGUGUGUGUGUGUGUGUGUGUGUGUGUGUGUGUGUGCGGAGGGUGGUGGGUGGCGGGGGGAGGGGGUGAGCUGUUGUUGUUGUUGUUGUUGAUGAUGAUGAUGAUGUGCCUUUUUUUUUUACCUUCUCUGGCAUCACAGAGUGUGUUUUUUAAAUUUUAUUUUUGUAAAUGAAGAUUCAUGUUCACGUGGUUGGUUUUGUGUUUGUCUCUUUAAUCAGUUUCUUAACUCUUGCGAGAAUAAGUGCCUGCCUAUUUUGGUUGUGACGUAAACUCUUCGCUGUGUUCAGCUGAUCCGAGGAUCUUCCAUGUUUAAUAGUUAGUGCUCCUGAAUUCUUCUCCGUUCUGUUGGUCAAACUGUUUUUAUUUGAUAUAUUGUAUCCCGGUGACAUCACAAAUUGGCAUAACUUCACCAAAUAUGUCUUAAUAGAGUACAAUUACAGUUACAGUACUAUUUACUGAUUACAGUACUAUUGAAAUAGUGGUUGUAAAAACAAACACCAUGAUAGAUGAACAGUUAGGUGAUUUCAGAAUUUCUGGUACAGUACUAUAAUUCUGUUCUGUCCAUUGGAGCUAACAUGUGUGUGUGUGUGUGUGUGUUUUAGUUAGGGUUGGCCAUUGAUUCAGGUGCUAAAACAGUGUUUCCAUUCAUUGUUUUCAUGUGUACAAACUCUUCCUGUAUUCCCUGAUGUCUAAGCCAAUCACAGUACAGGACUACACAUCCGUAGUCAUUCAGCUGCCCACUCACAACACUGAAGUCUCCUAUGCAACAUGUACCUAAAUGUUAGUACCACUAUCAGGCAGUUCACAUUGUUUAACGUUUCCCCCCCAAUAGCUUGUGUUCUAAUUCCUCUAUGCUCGGCACACACAUCUCACUUGCCACGGCUUCGGCUGUGUUUUUGUGUGUGAUUUUGUGUGUGUGUGUGUGUGUGUGUGUGUGUGUGUGUGUGUGUGUGUGUGUGUGUGUGUGUGUGUGGUGUGUGUGUGUGUGUGUGUGUGUGAUUUUGUGUGUGUGGUGUGUGUGUGUGUGUGUGUGUGUGUGUGUGUGUGUGUGUGUGUGUGUGUGUGUGUGUGUGUGUGUGUGUGGUGUGUGUGUGUGUGUGAUUUUUGUGUGUGUGUGUGUGUGUGUGUGUGUGUGGUGUGUGUGUGUGUGGUGUGUGUGUGUGUGUGUGUGUGUGUGUGUGUGUGUGUGUGUGUGUGUGUGUGUGUGUGUGUGUGUGUGAGUGGUGUACGUGUGUGUAUUUGCAACAGUUGAGUUUGUUUACUAUCCGAUACCUCUGUUAAUGAUGAUGCUGUUAAGGACAGUUUGAAUAAAUGAAAUAAAUAAAUAAACAUUCCAACCCUUUUACAACA